GCAUUCUCCACUGUGGGAACUCCAGACUACAUUGCCCCAGAAGUGUUCAUGCAGACCGGAUACAACAAGCUCUGUGAUUGGUGGAGCCUGGGGGUCAUCAUGUAUGAGAUGUUGAUUGGUAGGAGGGAUAUCUGUUGAUUGCAAACGCAGGCCCUAACUUAAGAGUGGCAUUAGCAACUGAAACCUUUGCGUAAAUCAUGCAUUGAUGUCAGUUCGAUGCAAGUUAUGAUUGAAUUAGGAUUACUGUCUAAAUGUCCCUGUCUCUUCAGGCUACCCCCCGUUCUGUUCGGAGACGCCCCAGGAAACCUAUAAGAAAGUGAUGAACUGGAAGGAGACUCUGGUGUUCCCUCCAGAAGUACCUAUCUCAGAGAGGGCCAAGGACCUCAUCCUCAGGUCAGCACCAGUACUACAUAUCAACAUGUUCAAAAAGAGAGCCAGAUUAAUAAACAGUCUAUAGCUUACUGUACAGCAUGUUGCUCUAGAGAAGAAUGAACAUCAACUAAGUGGUUACAAUGUCAUCUCAAGCUAAUUCUGUAUCUAUGGCAGGCACACUUCUAUAUCCCUCUGUGGUUGUUCUCAGGAUCUAAAUGUGUGUAUUUUACUGCUUAGGUUCUGCUGUGAGGGAGAUCAUCGGAUCGGGGCAACAGGAGUGGAGGAGAUCAAGAGAAACCUGUUCUUUGAGGGAGUCGAUUAUGACCACAUCAGGUACACAGGGACUACUAACAAGGAACAGUUUAUAUCCAAAUCAAUGAGGUUUUUAUACCUCAGUGGCCCAAAGGUCCAGGCCUCACUACAGUUUUUGCAUUUGUCACCCAACACAGGGAGAGACCUGCAGCGAUCCCAAUUGAGAUCAAAAGCAUCGAUGACACGUCAAACUUCGAUGAGUUCCCUGAGUCAGACAUCCUUUCACCCACAGGUGAGAGAAAGACAUUUUCAGCAGAAACAAUUUUCCUGUGUCUCUGUUUAUUAUUAUUCUGACUGUGUGUGUGUGGUUGUACAGUACACCCUGUGACUAUCAACUAUAAAGCUCUCUCCCUCUCCUUUUCUAUUCACACUCCCUCCUUCGUCACUCUCCUUCUCCUCUCCCUCUUCUCUCUCCCAAGCUGCAGCAGCACCCACCAAGUCUCCAGCAGCAGCAGCUGCAGCGGAGGCUGACUAUAAGAAUAAGGACUGGGUCUUUAUCAACUACACCUACAAGCGCUUCGAGGGCCUGACAGCCAGGGGAGCCAUCCCUUCCUACAUGAAGGGAAGUAAGAGAUGA